UCUCGAGGCCCUCACUCUCUGUAUGCUCUGAUUUCUGGGCCUUUCUUGUCUUAAUUUACUUGAUACAAGGGAUAUGGACAAUAAUGAGGAAAUUCCAUCAGCACCAUCAACACCUGCGACACCAGGUACUCCUGGUGCACCUCUUUUUGGUGGGUUUCGGUCUGAGAGAACCGGGAAUGGUGUUGCUAAGAAGAAGUCUCUUCUCAAGAAUUGUAAGUGCUUCAGUGUCGAAGAAUGGACCUUAGAAGAUGGAGUCUUACCAAGCGUCUCUUGCUCAUUGCCACCACCUCCUGUUUCUCUUGCAAGAAAGGUAGGAGCUGAAUUUAUAGGCACGUUCAUUCUCAUGUUUGCUGGGACAGCCACAGCUAUAGUGGACCAAAAAACACAAGGAACAGAGACUCUGAUUGGAUGUGCUGCCACUACUGGUCUUGCAGUUAUGAUAGUUAUCCUCUCCACAGGCCACAUCUCCGGUGCUCAUCUCAACCCUGCUGUCACCAUUUCUUUUGCUGCAUUAAAGCACUUCCCAUGGAAACAUGUACCUAUGUAUAUUGGUGCACAAGUUUUGGCAUCAAUAUGUGCUGCAUUUGCUCUAAAGGGUAUUUUUCACCCUUUCAUGAGUGGUGGAGUCACCGUUCCUUCCGGAGGAUAUGGCCAAGCUUUUGCUUUAGAGUUCAUUAUCAGCUUCAAUCUCAUGUUCGUUGUCACUGCUGUGGCCACCGACACCAGAGCUGUUGGAGAGCUCGCGGGAAUCGCUGUGGGAGCGACUGUCAUGCUCAACAUCCUCAUAGCAGGGCCAGUAACAGGAGGCUCAAUGAACCCAGUAAGAACACUAGGUCCAGCUAUUGCCGCAAACAACUACAAAGCCAUAUGGGUGUAUCUGGUAGCUCCCGUACUUGGAGCUCUAGGUGGGGCGGGUACCUACACUGCAGUGAAGCUGCCCGAAGAAGAUGAGAACGCCAAGGCAAAUGCUUCAACCCCCAGGAGCUUCAGAAGGUGA